AUGGCUGGAGUUUAUCACCCUUGGGGCCCAGGCAACGGCCGCCGUGGUCGUGGUGGUGGUCAGGAUUACCCUGGACCUGCUGCGGCAGAUCAAGCAGGACCAAGCAACCCGCCCGCGGCCGUCCACCAUGCCUACCAGACACCUCCGAUGCCGGCCUUCGUCGCCCCGCCAAUAGACUGGGCUCCCGCCGAUGCAGCAACCCCGUUCCUGGGCGAGGAUGACUUCUUUGACGCUACCCAGGCCCCGCCACCGCCGGGGAUCUUCUUCGGCAACGACAUGGACGCAGGCGUGGCCUUCUGUCCGGUGCACGGAUACGGACCUUGCCCUGCCCGCGACUUCUGCCCCGUGCAUGGGUACGGGCCGUGCCCUCCACCGACGGCCACUCCACCACCGGAACCGGAGGUCAUCGACGAGCCGCUCGCCUACCUGGACCUCCCAACGCCGACGCCCGCCGAUGAAGACGACGAGCACUUUGCCCCUCCAGGCUAUGGCCCUGUGCUUGCCAUGAUGGAGUGGGAGGUGACGCCGAACGAAGAGGAGGAGGAGUGGCUCAACUCCGUUGUGAAGCAGGAGCCAACCUCACCGACGGAGACCGACGAACCCGGCGCCACCAUCCCCGACCUCAACACUGCCACCGGCGUGAAGAUCGAGGACGCGGCGUCGUCUUCCACGGCCCCAGCAUCUCCGCCGCCGCCGCCCCCGACAAGCCCGCGGACGCCUCCACCGGCGGCUCGCCGGAUCCUUCGCCGUUUCACGGCGGUGCUGGAGCAGCACCGCCCCGGCCUCCGCUCCGACUCAUGGGCCCCUGCAGGCCUCCACCUCCCCGGCUAUGCUCGGGGGGGGGGGGGCGUCCUCCUCCUGAGGAUCGCUGACGCUGGGCACCAUCGGCGCCUGCCGGUGGGAUCCCGUGGGGUGGCGGUUGGAAUGGGGGUAAUUGUCACGCCCAAUAUGUGA